GCGUGCAGGAUGAGGCGCAAUUUAACGGCGCGCAGCUGCCACUUGGUGCUCAGCAACUCUUCUGGACUUUCUUCUGCACGGGACGAGACACGAUGGACGUCAAGUUAGUUGCAGUCCUUGCUGCGCUCACACUGCUGGCGUACGCGCCACCUUCGCAAGCCAAGCCCAUCAGUCUGGUGGAGAGAUGCUACUGUCGCUCAACAGUCAACAGCCUCCCUCGGGGUUACAUUCGAGAGCUGCGCUUCAUCCAUACGCCCAACUGCCCCUUCCAAGUCAUUGCCAAGCUGAAGACAAACAAGGAGGUUUGUGUGAACCCCGAAAUCCGAUGGCUGCAGCAGUACCUGAAGAGCGCCAUCAACAAUAAGCAGGAUUGGCAUGGCGAAGACGAAAUGCGCAUAUGAAUCUGCUGAAUGGACCUUUGUGAGAGCAACACCUCUUAACCGUUCUGUUUAGUGAUGAACAUGGAGUCAAAAUAUUCCAGUACAUAUACUGUACCAUUUAUGUCUCACACACAAGCUGAAUUAAAAAGUUUUUUUAAUUUGAUCACUCACUGAGUUCUUCAUUUGGUCUAAGUGAAAGUUCUGUGGGCUAUGUGGUUAUUUUUAAGCCUGAUUUCAUAUCAUUGGUGUUUUGUUUCUUUUUUUUUCCAUUUUAUUAAUUCUUUCAUGGGCAGCACGAUAGAACAGCUUGAAAGCGUUGGGCUCACAGUUCUGAGGUCCCGGGUUCAAUCCUGGCGCCGGCUGUGUGGAGUUUUCAUGUUCUCCCCGUGCCUGUGUGGGUUUUCUCCGGGCACUCCGGUUAACUCCCACAUCCCAAAAACACGCAACAUUAAUUGGACACUCUAAAUUGCCCCGAGGUGUGAUUGUGAGUGCGGUGGUUUGUCUCUAUGUGCCCUGCAAUUGGCUGGCAGACAGUUCAGAGUGUACCUCGCCUUCUGCCCGUUGACAGCUGGGAUAGGCUCCAGCACUCACCGCAACCCUUGUGAGGAUAACCGGCUAAGAUAAGGGAUGGAUGGAUGGAUGGAUUCUUUCGUGUGUGUGCUCAUGUGUGUGUGUCGUGUGCAGCUGUUGGAUGAAGCAGAAUGGAGAAUCUUCAUCCUCCUAAAGCCAGAACAGUUUUAUUGUGUCAUAGUUUUUUUUUCAAUUAAUUCAAAUUCAGCAGGCUUUUAAUCACACUUCUCUGUGGUGUGUUAAGACAUUUAUGGGUGCUUUACAGGGUCUUUAAAUAAUUUGACUGACCAUUAGUUGCCACACUUUUUCUUGAUAAAUUACUUUUGCAACAGUAAUUCUGAUACAAAGAAUUUGAACUAAUAUUCAUCUUCAGAGCGUGACCCCAAUGUCUUAAAGCAUGACAUAAGUAGUCCACCUUGUACUUUCCACAUACCCACUGGCUCCACUUGCCAUGUUGCUCUGAAUAAAUGAUUUGAUUGGUUGAGUUGUUAUUUGGAGGAGUUAAAUCCACAGAAUGUUUUUUGUAUUUCCUGUGUGCACAAAUUUCCACUGCAAUGACCACGGCGCUCAUCCAAACCGGGCGACAAUGAGGGGGUAUGUGCUGACCUUGAGUACAUCGCAAGGGUUGCUAUGAUACCAUUGCAAAAAUGACGAAUAUGAGUCUAAUACAAAGAUGAAUGUGCAAUUCUGACCAACAUUCAUCCAUUUAAUGAUACUGUACAUCACUCCUAUUGGUGGGGGAGUGGUGUCAAAGACUCAAAGCCGACCUUGCUGUGUUGAAAGUUGAUGCCUUUUGGGGUCCACAUUGCACCCCUGGACCGCGGUGACAGAUGGACAAGACAAGCGGAGUCCGAUUGUCUGUCCCAAACGCCGCUUGAGCGGCUCAUGCUUGAGUGUGUCGCCGACGAGGUGUGACGGCUCGUCCGCAUAACAACACACCUCGAGUAAAGAGUAAGACGGUGAUCGUUUGGAGUGGAUUUAAUAUUCCAAUUACAGUCCCUGGGGAACUUUGCUAGCUCCCUCGCAGUAGUAAAAAAAUCCACAACGAAUUGUAAUACUGUGCUUAAACCACACAAUGAUUUCCUUUAUACAUCACUUUCAGGAAGACUCACGUUUGAAAGUGUAUGAUGUCUUUAACCUCGUAACUGUUUAUAUGUUAUUAUAGAUGGAUUUUUUUUUUUUGUAUCUCUGUAAAACAAAUUUAUAAGUGUGAGGUAAUUGCCUUGGACAGUGGGAGUUAUGACUGAAAGUAACAUGAUGAGAUAAUGACAUAUAAAUAUAUAUAUAUAAUAUAGAAUAAUUCACUAAGAGUUUCCAAAAGUCCACAUUAUUCUUGAGAAAUACUCCUUGUAGAAUAUCUUCAUAGGAUAUCAAGUGCCCUUUAAAGUAAAAAAAAAACCCUAAACAAUUCAUGUAAUGCCCCGAAUGUACCUUUUUUAAAAAAUCUGUAUAAAACCAAGUCACAGUUAAUUUACUUUAUAUAUAGUGUCGAGAAAUUGUCUUAACUCUAUCUUAGUGUAAAUGUGUGUCUCUUAAUUUGGCUAUAUGAUUACGUUUAUUGAUGAUUUGUCAAAAUCUGCUUCAUCUAUGAUAACACAUGACAAGAAUGUUCUAAAAUAAGGAUCAUACUUAUAUACAGUACAGCCUCGGUUCUCGGACGUCCCCGUUUUCAAACGAAUCGGUUCUCGAACGAAAAUGUUGAGAUUUUUUUGCUUCUGUUUUCAAACGAAAAACAGUACUCGAACGCUGCCGAAAAACCCAGAAAUAACAUAUUGCGCGCGGCCAGACCAGCGAGUCACCCCCGCCCCCGAAAACAUUUAAUUGUUGAAGCAUUUCUGCGUUUUUGUUUCGUUUGUUAACUCAAGUUCCAAAUGUUUUUGUGUUACUUUUAAAAAAAUAAAUAAAAUAAAUGCUUUUUCCUCUCAUUAUUGCUUCUUUAAAGUUAUUCUGCACUUUUAUUAAUAAAGCAAAAAGUUUACAAGGCUGGGGACCAAGUCGCUACAGAUACGGCAACGCACUCCCAGCCUAGCCUAUUCUACUACUAAAGCAUACAUUUUAAGCAAACCAUAAAUAUAUUUCUUAAAUUAUUUUAUGAUAUAAAGAAUUUAAACUAUAAAUGUAUUUCUACAAUUCAGUUUAUCAUCAGGAAAAGCUCAAAAAAGGCUUUAAAAAAUUUUUUUUUUAGGCUUAGGACGCAUUAUUUCUUUUUCCAUUCAUUGUAAUGGGAAGCAUCGAUUCAGUUUUCGAACAAAUCACUUCUCUAACCGUUUUCUGGAAUGAAUUGUGGUCGAGAACCGAGGCUUUACUGUGCUGUAUAUAUGUGUUCAUUGCUUUACGACAACAAUUUUAAUCUCAUCUCUCUUUUUUGU